AUGAGAAGUAUAAUUGUAUUGGUAUUAGUACUCCCUACCAUUGAAUAUUGCCCCAAAACAAGUGGUAAAGCUGCGAAAAAGGCCGGCAAGGCCCAAAAGGAUAUUUCUAAAACCGAUAAGAAGAAGAAGCGCAGGAGGAAGGAAAGUUAUGCCAUUUACAUUUACAAAGUUUUGAAACAAGUUCAUCCCGAUACUGGAAUUUCGGGUAAGGCUAUGAGCAUUAUGAACAGUUUCGUAAACGAUACCUUCGAACGUAUUGCUGCUGAAGCUUCUCGUCUUGCACAUUACAAUAAACGGUCCACAAUAACUAGUAGAGAAAUCCAAACUGCCGUUCGACUAUUACUUCCUGGUGAAUUGGCAAAGCACGCAGCAGUAAGCUAUCUAACAAAACUGGACAUACCUAGAAAUUGUCACAACUUAAAGGACACAAACUUAAGAAUUUCUGAAGUCUUAACUCUUGAAGAAAGAGAAGAGCAAAAAAGACUGAUCCCCUAUCUGAAGGAAGCUAGAAAACACAAUGAGAAAACCCAUCCGAAAGGAGGUUUUCUUUAUAUCGAAAGUAAACCUUACAAUUUAAGAGACCUGGAAAAUUCUGACAUAUUCAAUAAUAUAAGGAAACAACAUAAUAUUACUCUGACCAAUCGGUGUGAGAAGCCGGAAGAAUCGCAAUAUUCUCAUAAAGAGUCUGAAGACGGAGAGGAAAAAGAUAUGUCUAAUUUUAAUAAAUUAUAA